AGGCUGAGGCUUUGAUGGGAUCUGAGGGUACUGAGGAGGCUGAGGCUGUGAUGGUAUCUGAGGGUUCUGAGGGAUUUCAGGGUAUUGAGGUUUUGAAGGUGUUUGAGGACUCGGAGGAGGCUGGGGAUACUGGGGUGGCUGAGGCUUUGAUGGGAUCUGAGGGUACUGAGGAGGCUGAGGCUGUGAUGGUAUCUGAGGGUUCUGGGGGAUUUCAGGGUAUUGAGGUUUUGAAGGUGUUUGAGGACUCGGAGGAGGCUGGGUAUACUGGGGUGGCUGAGGCUUUGAUGGGAUCUGAGGGUACUGAGGAAGUUGAGGAUACUGAGGGUUUUGAGGAGGUUGAGGCUUUGAUGGGAUCUGAGGGUUCUGAGGCAAUACGGGGUAUUGAGGUUUUGAAGGAGUUUGAGGACUUGGAGGAGGCUGUGGAUACUGAGGAGGCUGAGGCUUUGAUGGAAUCUGAGGAUACUGAGGAUUUUGAGGAGGCUGAAUCUUCGAUGGAAUUUGAGGGUACUGAGGAGGUUGAGGAUACUGAGGGUUUUGAGGAGGCUGAGGCUUUGARGGUAUCUGAGGGUACUGAGGUGGCUGAGGAUACUGAGGCUUUGAUGGUAUCUGAGGGUUCUGAGGAACUUCUGGGUAUUGAGGUUUUGAAGGUGUUUGAGGACUCGGAGGAGGCUGGGGAUACUGAGGUGGCUGAGGCUUUGAUGGGAUCUGAGGGUACUGAGGAAAUUGAGGAUACUGAGGGUUUUGAGGAGGUUGAGGCUUUGAUGGGAUCUGAGGGUUCUGAGGAAAUAUGGGGUAUUGAGUUUUUGAAGGAGUUUGAGGACUCGGAGGAGGCUGUGGGUACUGAGGAGGCUGAGGCUUUGGGAUCUGAGGAUACUGAGGAUUUUGAGGAGGCUGAGGCUUCGGUGGAAUCUGAGGGUACUGAGGAGGUUGAGGAUACUGAGGGUUUUGAGGAGGCUGAGGCUUUGACGGUAUCUGAGGGUUCUGAGGAACUUCAGGGUAUUGAGGUUUUGAAGGUAUUUGAGGACUUGGAGGAGGCUGAGGAUACUGAGGUGGCUGAGGCUUUGAUGGUAUCUGAGGGUACUGAGGAGGUUGCGGCUUUGAUGGUAUCUGAGGGUACUGAAGAGGUUGAUCAUACUGAGGAUUUUGAGGAGGCUGAGGCUUUGAUGGYAUCUGAGGGUACUGAGGAACUUGGGGGUAUUGGGGUUUUGAAGGAAUUUGAGGACUUGGAGGAGGCUGUGUGUACUGAGGAGUCUGAGGCUUUGAUGGGAUCUGAUGGUACUGAGGAGGUUGAGGAUACUGAGGAUUUUGAGGAGGCUGAGGCUUUGAUGGAAUCUGAGGAUWCUGAGGGUUUUGAGGAGGCUGAGGUUUUGACGGUAUCUGAGGGUUCUGAGGAACUUCAGGAUAUUGAGGUUUUGAAGGUGUUUGAGGACUCGGAGGAGGCUGAGGAUACUGAGGUGGCUGAGGCUUUGAUGGAUUCUGAGGGUACUGAGGAGUUUGAGGAUACUSAGGGUUUUGAGGAGGCUGAGGCUUUGACGGUAUUUGAGGGUUCUGAGGAACUUCGGGGUACUGAGGUUUUGAAGGUAUUUGAGGACUUGGAGGAGGCUGGGGAUACUGAGGUGGCUGAGGCUUUGAUGGGAUUUGAGGGUACUGAGGUGGUUGAGGGUACUGAGGGUUUGAUGGUGUCUGAGGAGUUUCAGGGUACUGAGGAGGCUGAGGGUACUGAAGCUUUGAGGGCAUUUGUGGAGGUUGAGAAUACUGAAGAGGCUGGGUGUACUGAGGAUUUGAUGGAGUCGGAGGAGAUUCAGGGUAUUGAGGCUUUGAUGGUGUCUGAGGGGAUUGAGGGUAUUGAGGCAGUUGGGGGUACUGAGGAGGCUGAGGGUACUGAGGCUUUGAUGGCGUCUGAGGAGAUUGAGGGUAUUGAGGCUUUGAUGGUGUCUGAGGAAGUUGAGGAUUCAAGGGUGGUUGAGAGGACUGGGAAGGUGUGGGGUACUGAGGCUGCGUCUGUGUCUGAGGAGGCUGAGGGUACUGAGGCUUUGAUGGCGUCUGAGGUGAUUGAGGGUAUUGAGGCUUUGAUGGUGUCUGAGGAAGUUGAGGAUUCAAGGGUGGUUGAGAGGACUGGGAAGGUGUGGGGUACUGAGGCUGCGUCUGUGUCUGAGGAGGCUGAGGGUACUGAGGAACCUUAGGAUACUGAAGCUUUGAUGGCAUCUGGGGGAUCAGACGGUUCUGUGUAUUUUUUUGAGAAUGAGGGCAGUCGUAGUCCGAAGGUG